GGUUCUAUUACCGCUUAGCGAAAUCAAUUAACACCAUGGAACUAAGUGUAAUGUGUUCGUUCGAUAUCGAAUUCUUUCACUUACCGGCGUCAAGUUGAGGCAUUUUGAUUAAUCUUGAGCUUACAUUUCUCUGAUUCAAUAAUUGAAUUUUAUUUAGGGCUAUGUACUUCUAAGCUAAAAUCGCUAGUGAACAACAGCAGGAAUAUGCAGAAGAGGUGAAAGCUUUCAGUCUAUAUAUUACCUUUAUAUCAGUCGAGUUUUGUUAUUAGGAGCUGGGCAAUAUCUCUGGCAUUUUCUGACAGAAAUAACUAAAAUUUUGAUUUGUUUUGUUUCAUAUCCAGUCAGUCAAAAAAUUUGCAUUCCUAUAAUUUGUAAUAUUUAUAUGACAUCACCAUGCCAAGUCUGAUGGCCUCAUCAAGCAUCACGGGAAACGUACUUACAUCAUCACCUUCCGAGGGCCAAACACAAGAAGUUAUCAUUUCCAGGGACGUAUUUGUUAGUUCUCCUGUAUGCUCAGACUCCGAUGAAUCAUUCCGACAAAGUCCGGAUAGACUAAACGAAUUUGCAAACAGUUUCAUCAAUACUUCUGACUCGGGUAUCGGAGCUGAGUUUUGCCUGGAUGACAUUACCAGCACUGCGGGAAUAGAAAGCUUAUGUUACAGUACCGGCAGCGAAUAUCAUAAUGUAAACUUGAACAGCCAUCAUCAACAAGAUUUACUGUUUUCACCUACCGGUAUACUAGAUUUGAAAUUGAAUAAUGAAAACACAAACCAUACAACUGAAGAUGAAUGGAAGGCAUGUGAUAUUUUCGAUACAUCAGUAAACUUCUCGGACAAAAUUGAUUCAACUCAUCCCGGGAUAAAACUGGAAUACGGAGCAUCCGAUUAUCUUGAUCUGAACGACGUUGAAGAAUUCCAACUUGAUCUUGAAAACUCAAUUGCUGAUGCCUCCUUGAAAAACAGCAGCACGUUUGCGUUUUCACAGCGCAAUGAGAUUGAUAAUUCUUUAUCAGAUGGCAACCAAAUCCUAAAUCUUUCAAUAUUGGAGCCAACUUUCACGGAAGAAGGAGGUCACAAGGAAAUUAUUCAGCCUAUAUUUCCAUUCGUGGCAAAUCAACAGGUUUCCAUAAUUUCCCCAGAAACUAGUGGCGUAGCAGAAAGUAUUUUGGCACAGAGUGUGCAAUGUGCGACCGUAUUCCAAAAUGGUACCAGGACAAGCAUAGCACCAGAAACGGAAAACGUUAUGUUGAACCCAAGCGAUUUAUCUUCUCUUGCAGAAUUUCUGAUGGUUGCACCCGAAAAUAACAGUAUUCUAAAGUCACCAGCUCGUCUUGCUCCAUGCUCUACUUUACUUCCUGGCUCAAAGAUUGCUACGUUGGCGUCGAGAGAACAAAAUUUUGUUCCCACGAGUAAUCUUUCUACAAGCAAUAUACACCAAUUCCAGUCAGAUUCAUCAAUUUUAACAAGUGCCUUCAAAAUUGCAAACGUUGAGCAAACUUGCAUAAACAACACCAUCAAUUACGUAAAUCCAGUGAACUACCGCUUGAAUUCGAACACUUUGGUACCAUCGGGCGAUGGAUUUCUUCAAGCAUCAGAUCCAGUCACCGAAUUAUCGCAAGUUUCGAUCGGGAACAUGUUGAAUACCAAUGCCGAUAUCACAACUGAUAAUAUAGAUACGGAGUUUCUAACAAGUUCAGGAAGCCAUACGUGUCAUCCUAACGGACAACAAUGUCUCGUAUGGGCCUGUAAAGCAUGCAAAAGAAAGACCGGACCUCAUGACAGGCGACGAGCUGCUACCUUGCGAGAGCGCAGAAGGCUAAAAAGAGUAAACGAAGCUUACGAAACUUUGAAGCGAUGUGCUUGUACCAACCCAAACCAAAGAUUACCAAAAGUAGAAAUCUUACGCAAUGCUAUAACAUACAUUGACAAUCUGCAGAGAAUGUUAUACGAAUCUAAAAAAGGAAACAAUGAAAACAAAUGGCACGAAAACGACGCCUCUAUUAUCCCACGUAAACGAUUCUUAGAUUCGGAAGACGGUAGUGACGAAGAAAAUCAAUCCUCAAAACGAAUGUGCCUAGAUAUUAUGAUGCCUACGAAAGUAAACGAUUCAAAAUUAAUUGAGGAAUUUUUGUCUCCAAUCGCUGCGUCUUCAAUGAAACAAGAGCAAAUGAGUGAUGUUUCAAUGGUGCCAUUCAUUACAAUCCCAUCACAAGAGAAUUCUGACCUAACCUCUUCAACUGUCACAAUUGCAUGAAUGUCACAUUGUCGACAAUCGACAUAUUACGUUAUAUUCAUACAUAUACAUAUACGUUAUCUUCUUCUUGGGUAUAUUUUUAUUCUGUUUGUAUUAUUGUAUGUAUGCCAAUAUGCCAGACGAAAACUUAAAUAUCGCUAUGUAGGAAAUUCUGCGUGCCUUCCUUAAUUUAAUAAGUGACAUGAAUAGUGUCUUUGCUGCGUAAAAUUAGAUUUUUGCAUCAAGCAUGAGCAGAGUACGUAAACGCUCUAUCCGUGGCAUACAUUACGAAUAUGAAAUUUAGAUAAUUGUAUUAUGAUUCAUAGAAUACACGCUACGGAUGUUUGAAUACUAUAUGAUGCCUUGAUAUUUUAUUAUUAUUUAUUUACUUGCCUUUGUUGAAAUAGUUUAAUUUACCUUUUUAUUUCGCAAUAUUGUUGAUUUUUCUAACUGCCAAUGAACGAGUUCUACUGCUGAUUAUUUGAUUGCUUGUUAUUUAUAAUUGAUGAUUUAAUGAAAUACCAAAAAUUUGUGCCUAUACACCUUCAAUGUUGAUGUAAUUUUCUAUACGUACAUGUAUAUAUAACGAUAAAAGCAGAGGCGAAAUGUGGCAGA